AUGGUUGUGCAAGGUGUACUCUGGAUCAUGUUUGGAUUGCUGCUGUGGCUGGAGCCAGGGACAGCAUCCCUGCCCCUGCUCAUGGACUCUGUCAUCCAGGUCCUGGCUACAAUUGAGCAGAAGGCAUCAACCACUGAGGCCAGCCAUGCUGCCUCUCUGUGGCUUCAAUCAACCCAAGGCUCAGGCCCCCACGAGUCCUUCUAUCGCUUUCUGCUGGAGGGGUGGCCUCUUGAGCCUGUGAAGCUGGAGCCCCUCCCACUGAGCCCGGAGCUUGGAGACCUGGCCAAGGAGGUAUCCCGACAUGGUGUUCAGGAUGGACAGGAAUAUGGUGUGGUGUUGGCACCUGAUGGCUCAACUGUAGCUGUGGAACCUCUUCUGGUGGGACUGGUGGCUGGGCUGCAGAAGCAUAGGUUAGUAAAUUUGCCCAUGGACAGCACAGCCACCUCUCUAGAUGCCACAGCCAUACACCCAGGUGUUGGAGCCAUGGUUUCUCAUGUAAGAGCCACCUCCCCAGGACUGAAUCACGCCUCUGCAGAUGUCACCUCUCCAGAUGUCACCUCUCCAGAUGUCCACAUUUCUUUGUCAGAUGCCACAACUAAGUCCCCUGCUACUGUGGAUAGCCUCCUGGUGGUCACCCUGGCCAGAUCCCUGGGCCUGACUUUCCUCCAGAACCCCCAGAUGCAGAGUCAUCCAGACCUGGGAACUGAUGGAUGCUGGGAUAAGCUCUCUGCUCCCCGAAACUUUACACUCCUGACCCCUGAGGCAUCACUGCUUACCAUGGCCUUCCUCAAUGGUGCCCUCGAUGGGGUCAUCCUGGGAGACUACCUAAGCCAGAGUCCUGAGCCCAGGCCAUACCUCAGCCACUUGCUGAGAGAGUACUUUGGAGCUGGUGUGGGCAGAGACCCAGGGCUUCGAAGCAACUUCAGACGGCAUAAUGGAGCAGCUCUGAUUUCAAUACCCAUCCUGACUCAGCAGGUAUGGGGAGCCCUCAUCCUGCUGCAGAGACUGGCAUCAGGCUACCCUCAGCUGCAGGGCAUGAGCCAAGGACAACUGGAAAAGAUAGCCACCCAUGCCACCAAGGAAUUCACUGACGCCUUCCUGGGGUGCCCUGCUAUCCACCCCCGUUGCCGCUGGGGCGCGGAGCCAUACCAAGGCAGACCCAAGCUGCUGCAGCUGCCGCUCGGGUUCUUGUAUGUGCAUCAUACGUACGUGCCCGCGCCACCCUGCACAGACUUCGCGCGAUGCGCAGCCAACAUGCGCUCCAUGCAGCGUUUCCACCAGAAGACACGCGGCUGGGACGACAUCGGUUACAGUUUUGUGGUAGGCUCUGACGGCUACGUGUACGAGGGCCGAGGCUGGCAGUGGGUGGGCGCGCACACUCGUGGCCACAACUCCCGCGGCUUCGGCGUGGCCUUUGUGGGCAACUACACUGCGGAACUGCCAGCCGAGGACUCGCUGCGCACAGUGCGCGAGGUGCUGCCACGCUGCGCGGUGCGUGCCGGCCUCCUGCGGCCGGAUUACACGCUGCUCGGCCACCGCCAAUUGGUGCACACCGACUGCCCCGGAGAGGCGCUCUUCAGCCUGCUGCGCACCUGGCCGCACUUCGCCAAAAAUGUGAAACCAAUAACUGCCAGGAGGGCACCAAGGAGAUCCAGGCAGGAACUACCCAUAAGGACCGUACCAGACACAGACCUCCAAUAA